AUGGCCUAUAACUAUUAUCAAACACAGCACCCCGGUUGGGGAACUUCUCAAUUCCAAUUCGGUGCCCCUCCCGUCCCUGCAUUUCAACCGCAGCCUUCAUGGCGAGGGUAUGACUACUACAAUGCCUAUGCGUCGAACCCAGAGCCGGGCUUCUUCGACACGAUCAUGGGUCGUGUACGCGACUUUAUGGGCGUAGGUGUCUCUCGCCAAGACUGUCGGCACUGGCACAACAAGAUCUACAGCGGCCAGACCUGUCUCCCAGCUGAUGUCGGUGCGGCGGCGGCGUAUGAAGCUUACCGGACCAUGAAGCACAACAGUUUCCUUUACGAGCCGCUCAGUGCAGAUCGGGAAAGGCAACGGGAGGCUUUGACGGGCAUGGCAGUUGCGGAAACGCAGCGUCUGUGGCAGUUUGCCUCGCGUCACAUGGAUCACUACGGACUUGACCAAGCUUGUGAGACGGCAGCCGCAGCGGCUACAAUGCUCGCGGAUCGUCUUUUCACAUCCAUGGGUGGACUCGCCCGAUCCAACUCAUACUCGUCGCUCAACGAGGCCUAUGCCUACGAUGACCCUUACCGCCAUCACGGUAGACGUUCUCGUCGUAACUCUUUCACAUCGCCCACGGUAGUCCGCGUUGGAGGCUCGCCGCAUAUGGGGUCCAUGCCUCUCGGAUAUGGACAGAACUCCGUUCCCAUGGCUGGAACGACGCCCUCGUACGUCCCGGGGGUUCCUGGCUCUUACGGGUACGCUUCUCCGCUCGAUGGACGUGCUUCCCCUGGACCCUACGGCGCCCCCGGUGUGGUCCCUAGCGCGGGGUACACCUACAACGGAAUGCCUGUCGGAGGGUACGCUGGCUCGGCCCCCUACGGCGGCAUCCCAGGAGCACCCUAUUCGUCAGGCGGGACCGUUCCCCCCGGCUCGACGGUGGUCAUCCAGCAAGGCCACCGUUCCCGCCGCCACUCGACCGCAAGCAGCCACGGACACCACCACCACCACCCGCAGCACUCGUACUCGGGCUCCAGCCGGCGCGAACUCGAUCGCGAGCGCGAGGCAGAGUACGAACGGGAGCUCGAGGCGCGAGACUGGGAGCGCGCGGACCGCGAGCGGCACGAACGCGACAGGCGGCGGUGGGAGGAGAGUCAGCGCUACGGAGCCGACGACUACGGGCGGUACGGGCGGAUGGGCAGUCUCGGGAGCUCGCCCUCUGGGUACGGGUACAGUGAUCGGUACUGA